CCAAAACACGGUAAAUAUCACAUACUGUGUAGAUCUGGUUUUAAUCCCUCCUUAUCUGAGCGUGCCGCAUCUUGAUCGGCCCAGUGCCUCACAUCGUUGCUGAUAGGCAUAGGAACUGCCUUAUUUGGGAAAUUCUUGAGUUAACGUAGCGUUAACGUUAACUCCCAAUUGCACGACAUGAAUGGACAUGAAUGGAGGACCGAAUUCUCACGUCGAGCGGGAGGUGAAGAAGCCAGGCGGAGUCCCACAAUUUACCCCACCUCAGGCUUGGCUGCCUGCUUCCACACCUCCCCUCCUCGACCUUUCAGCCUUACCAUCCACAAGUAGCUUCUCCAGCUUGCAAGCCUCGCCAACCUAGACGUCAAGCCCCCAGCCUCGUCUUGAAUUAGCAAAAUGGCAGACUCUCUGCUGCAAUUCUUCACUCUUAUGGAUGACCAGGGUGGAGUCAUUGUCAAAGAGCCGCCAAGAUUCGACCUCGAUCUUUAUAUUUCAAAUUACAGAGGUCGUACCCGGUUCGACCGCCUCUUCCUCAUCGGCCACAGCUCGGUGCCGUUAUGUGUCGAUGCCCUGAAAGCAGCCAUCGCCGAAGCUAAGCGUGGUAGAGAUACCCACAGAUACAGGGAAGCAGUAGAGUGUCUGCGCAUCGCGGCGCCGUCGGAGCCAGAGGCCACCUUUGACCAAAGAUGGCUGCAAACACAGGAGGCCAACAACCAGAUCGAGACGAAUCGCUUGUUGACAGAGCUAAAGGGAUAUAAGAAUAACCUGAUAAAGGAGAGCAUCCGGAUGGGCAAUGAAGACCUCGGCAAGCACCUCGAGAGCAUCGGUGACCUUAACGGUGCUGCUGAGGCGUACACCAAGAUGAGGCCUGAUGUUAGUACUCCCAAGCAGUUUUUGGACGUAGGGAAGCACCUGGUCCGUGUUUCAAUACAAAGGCGCGAAUGGGGCAUGGUGAGUGCCCACGUCAGUAAGCUGGGUGGGACUCAACACGCGGAGGAAGAGAGGGCGGUCCAACCGUACCUCAAGGUUGCCCAAGGCAUUGCGUUGCUGGGACAAGAGAAGUACAAGGACGCAGCGCUCAGUUUUCUUGCUGUCGAUUCCAGCGUGUCCGGAUCCAGCUACAACGAGCUCGCUAGCCCAAGCGACGUAGCCGUUUACGGUGGUCUCCUUGCCCUGGCGUCGAUGGACCGCAAGGAGCUGCAGACCAGUGUGCUGGAUAACUCGCAGUUCCGGACACUCCUUGAACAUGUGCCACAUAUCAGGCGCGCCGUGGCACAGUUUGUCAGCGGCAGAUAUUCCGCGUGCAUUGCCAUUCUCGAGUCAUACCGACCCGAUUACCUUCUCGAUAUCUACCUCCAAAAGCACACUGCGAAUAUUUACUCCAAGAUCAGGAGCAAAUGCAUCAUCCAGUACCUCAUUCCUUUCUCCUGCGUCAGCUUGGACACAAUGGCCAAGGCCUUUGGUCGCCCUGACCAGGCCAUCGAGGAUGAGCUAGCCGAAAUGAUCCAGUCGGGCGCAUUGCAAGCCCGGAUUAACACCAUUGACAAGCUCGUCACGACCAUAACCGUCAAUCCGAGAGCACAAAUGCAACAAGCAGCACUUCAGGCGGCAGAGAACUACGAGCGGCAAGCCCUUGAUCGCCUCCGCUGGAUGGGCCUGGUAGCUGCCGAUCUCGAACUCAAGGGCGGGCGGAAGAUGGGCGUCCAGGGCUUCCCAGGCCAGGGCGACUUCGCAAUGGAGGAAACUCUAGGCUGAGUGGGCCGGCGAUCAGCAAGGGUUGAUCACGAAUAUGGCUUGGGGUCGAUCUGUUCUCUUUAUCCAUGCAUGGCACAGGAAGGCGAAGGGCGCAUGGAAGCACCGAGGCAGAUGCAGGCAGUUGCACGGGGUCAUUGUUGAAAAGGAUGAUGAUGGUGCAAAUCACUGGAUGCUGGGUUCCUGGUCGAGCACCUAGAGCCCAUUCGCUAUUAUGAUAGGACAGCAUGAUGAACGAUUAUGAAACAAUAGCGGCGAUACAGCCAGACUCAGAUGAAAGAUAUCCUCAAGUUCUCGACCCAGACGGACACCU